UGAAUUCUUUUCCCUUGUGUGAUACGCCGCCGUGCUGGGAGUCUUCUGCUGACUCUUCUUUUUUCCAUCCGUUGACUCCUCUUUUCUUUUACCUUUACACUGUCACACUCAAACUUAGACUCCAUUCUCAUCUUUUCCAUUUUUUCUCUCAACUUUUAAACUCCCCUUCACCUCCUACUUAGACCCAAGUUUCAUUCUUUUUCGUUUCAGAUUCUUACUAAAGUUUCCAAGAGGUGAUUCAAAGAGCUGUGUAGAAAUGGGAAAUGGAAAAUUAGGUGAAUCAGGUAUGAUUGCGCUCACCGCAAAAAUCAUGAUGGCUGUAAUCAUAUGCCUUUUCCUCGUAGUUGUUUUCAUAUUCUUUCUCCACUUAUACGCCAAAUCGUUCUGGGGCUACCGGCAAGAAGACAACGGCAAUCCGAACGCCGGCACAAGGCGGCGCCGCCGUCGACGUUUCGAUUUUGCUGGUGGUUAUCAAGAAGUGAAUGUACUCCGUAGAGGGCUUGACCCUUCCAUACUUAAAACCAUUCCUGUAGUUCCGUUUAAUAUCAAGGAUUUUAAAGAUGGAUUGGAAUGUUCAGUUUGUCUUAGCGAAGUAUGUGAAGGUGAAAAUACGAGAGUUUUGCCUAAAUGCAAUCAUGGGUUUCAUGUUGAUUGUAUUGAUAUGUGGUUUCAUUCUCAUUCCACGUGUCCUCUGUGUCGAAACCCUGUUUCAGAACAGUCUGCAGAAUCAAUUUCCCAGACCGUUGGGGCAUCAGUAGAAGAGGGUUCAGCUUCUACAGAGACACAAAAUAUUCCUACUAAUGUUCUGUUUUGGGGAGAUGAGACUAGUACUACAUCGUCAGCAUCUACAAGUAAUAGGCCAGAUGGGAUUUUGGUGAUUGAUAUUCCAAGACAGAAUACUGAACAAGAAGAAGAGGAAGGACAGAAGACACCAACGUCAAAACGAUUGAGAUCAUUGACGAGGCUUUUUAGCAGGGUAAAUCCAUGCAACGUAGAUGUAGAACAAGGAAGCAGGAGCCAGAGCUAGGAUUGCCGCACCUACGUCUGUAAUGUCACUGUAUGGUUGAUUGAUCUAUUCCACUGAAAUCGGGCUCGGAACGUGAGGGACUGAAGAUCGACCUCAAAUCUCACCGGGCCAGAACCCGAGAUCAGAAUGUAUGUCCUCGAGAACAAUAUUGAAUCUGUGAUCCCAGAAUCAACCCUGACCCCGAACGAGCUCGAGGAAACACUGUCAGCGUAACCAACAGAAGACCGAAAUAACAAGAGGUCAAAAUAUCAGUGACCGACUGACCGAUCGGAUAUUACGGCGGAAAUCUCGGCACGUAUCAAUAAGGAACCGGCAAAUCAGCGAAUCAAGAGAUUUUUACCUUUUAUAGAAUUAUACCUAAAGUAGGACUCCC